UCUUGCUCGUUCUCCAAACUCCAAUCUCUCUCUCUCUCUCUCUCUCUCUCUCUCUCUCACACACACCUCUCCUCCUUUUUUAAGCCCUUCCACUGUCCCCCAACAAUCUCUGCUAUUCUAUACAUACACACCAUACGCUGAUCACACAAACUCAAACCCAGCCCAAAACUCAAACACAAACACAAGUACAAAGAAACAUAUAGUUUUUUUUUUCUUCCAUGGCUGAGGAACAGCAUCAAAAGCCAGCGCCAGAAGUAGCAGCCUCAUCAACGGUAGUGGAGGAGGUGGUGGAAGUGAUCCCACCUGAGAAACCCAUCACAGAAAAUGAACCAGCUCCAGCACCAGCACCAGAGCCGGAGCCAGAAGCACCGGAAAAGCCUGUUACUUUUGAAGAAUUGGUGGAGGGAGAAAAAGCCACUUCGAUAGAGGAAAAGGAAAAAACCAAACCGUCAGAAGAAGCAGUUAAUGUUGCCCAAUCGGAUUCUUUCAAGGAAGAAAGCUAUGUAGUUGGGGAGCUCCCUGAUUUACAAAAGAAGGCACUUGAUGAGCUGAAACAGCUCAUCCAAGAUGCCCUUAACAAGCACGAGUUCACUGCUCCACCACCACCACCACCACCACCUAAAGAAGAAGAGAAAAAGGAAGAGAAGAAAGAGGAGAAGGAAAAGUCUCCUGUUGCUGCUGAAGAAGUGAAAGAAGAAUCAAAGACUGAAGAAGUGAAAGAAGAAUCAAAAACUGAAGAAGUGAAAGAAGAGGCUUCAAAAUUGAAGGAAGAAGUGGCGGAAGCCAAAAAAGAAGAAGAAGAAGAAAAAGAGUUGAUUGCUUUAGUGACUCCUAAAGUGGAACAAGAAGCCUCGUCCUCGAUUACGAUUGAAGCAAAAGUAGAAGAAGAAGAAGAGAAGGUUACACCACCACCACCACCACCCACUGAAGAGGUUGUUGCUGUUGUUGUGGAAAAGGAGACCUCUAUUGUCGAUGAGGAUGGUGCGAAGACUGUUGAGGAAAUCAAAGAGACCAUAGUGGAAGUCUCGGCUCCUCCUCCUCCGCCCACAACAGAAACAGAGGAACCUAAAGAAGAAGUCACUCCUCCUCCAGCUCCCGAAGAAGUCUCAAUCUGGGGAAUCCCGCUUCUUCAGGACGAGAGAAGCGAUGUAAUUCUCUUGAAAUUCCUUAGAGCCAGGGAUUACAAGGUGAAGGAUGCAUUCACUAUGAUAAAGAACACGGUCCGUUGGCGCAAGGAAUUCGAAAUUGAUGCUCUUCUUGAGCAAGACCAUGGUAAUGAUUGGGACAAGGUGGCUUUCACUCAUGGAUAUGACAAAAAAGGCCAUCCUGUUUGCUACAACGCCUUCAGUGAGUUCCAGAACAAGGAUUUGUAUCAGAAUACUUUCUCAACUGAUGAGAAGCGCCAGAAGUUCCUUAAAUGGAGGAUUCAGUUCUUGGAGAAGAGUAUUAGGAAGCUUGACUUCAGUCCUACUGGCAUCUCUUCCUUUGUUCAGGUCAAUGAUUUCAAAAACUCCUUUGGAAUUGGCAAGAGGGAGCUCUGGCAGGCCACCAAGUUGGCUGUUCAAUUGCUUCAGGAUAACUACCCUGAGUUCCUAGCUAAACAGGUGUUUAUCAACGUUCCAUGGUGGUACCUUGCUUAUAAUAGAAUGAUUAGUCCAUUCCUGACACAAAGGACCAAGAGCAAGUUUGUAUUUGCAGGCCCAUCAAAGUCUGCUGAAACACUUUUCAAAUAUAUAGCUCCUGAGCAAGUGCCAGUUCAGUAUGGUGGGCUGAAGAGGGAGGAUGAACAAGAAUUCACCACUGAAGACCCUGUUACCGAGUAUACAAUCAAACCAUCAUCUAAAGAGACCAUUGAAUUCCCUAAUACUGAGACUGGCAUGCUGGUUUGGGAAGUCAGAGUUGUUGGUUGGGAUGUCAGCUAUGGAGCUGAAUUUGUGCCGGACGAGGAGGGCGGGUACACUGUGAUUGUACAGAAGUCAAGGAAGAUUGCCCCAACUGAUGAAACAGUGAUCUCUAACAGCUUCAAAGUAGGAGGGCCUGGUAAAGUGGUGCUUACCUUUGAUAACCAAACCUCCAAGAAGAAGAAGCUCCUCUACAGGUCCAAGACCAAACCAUCGUCAGAUUAAGCUUAAUUAAGCAAAUACCUUUGUGGCUGGUGGGUGUAAAUUCCUGUCAAUUGGGAGGGCAUUGAAUUGCAGAAUAAGCAACAGGGUUCUUUGUUUUUAAUACAGGGUUUAAUAUUUCUUUGAAACUUAAUUUUGUUUGGAAAUUUAAAAUGUGGGGGGUGAGGGAUUUUAUUUAUAUGUUCUUUUAAAAGUUAUUUUGGGAUUUUUGUUGUUUGGUUUGAAUUGUAAACCAUUAAUGGUGAAAAAACAGUCUGGGACUCGGGAUGCAUGAGAGACAAAUUCUGAAGUACAUAUGGUUGGGGAAUGGAGGUGUGUCGACUGUGAACAGAAACUUUGUUACUGCCUUUCACACUCUUGCCUGUAAAAUUUGUGUAAAUUUCUCUUAUUUUUUCA